UUCGUAGAUCACUAAAUUGCCUAUCAUUGCUCAAUCACUAGAAAAUAAUCUACACUGCACUGGGAACUACUAUACGGAUCUCCUCCCAGGGAGACCUAGCCUAGUCAGCCCCCCACUGCUCAAGCGCUCACCGUCGCCCUGGCGCGCCCUCCCGAGCAUCACAAUGCAUGGUCGCGCCAACCGGCUUCCAGAUCCGUCGCGCACAUCUCAAUCACCCCCAGCACGUCCCACGCUCUUGCCCAUCAGUCGCGCGCAUUCCCGCACUUGUCCCCGAUCCACCGCCCGCCCCACACUUGUCGUCGCCCGAAGCGCAUCUCCCAACGCCGCGACACGUGUCCGCGCAGCGCAUGCUGCCGACAUGUCACAUGCACCUCCUACUACCAUUAGCACGUCCUGGGCUCGAACACGUACCUGCAACACUCCUCGCGUCGUUCUGCGUUGUCCGGCGCUCCUCGUGUCGUGCGCUCGCUCGGGCUCGAAAACUCGCCACUCGGCAAAUGCCGAGCUCGCGCCGAGGCUGCGCUCUCGCGCCUGCCAUCGAGUUGCGCAUCCCGGGCAUAUGCCAAGGACGUGUGGCGCUCGUCGGGUAGCGCACUUGGGCGGAGAAGGUGCCCCGCGUCGUCCUGCGUGUUGCGUUGAAUCCUACGUCCGCGCCGGCUGCUGCUCCGGUCUGUCCCGAGCUGGCGCGCGCGCGGCACCUCUGGAGUAUGCGCAGCUGACCGCGGAAACGAGAGAUCGUUAGACGCGGCAACGUGGACAUGCCACGUCACGCGGUGAUCGGCCCUUGCGUACGCGGCGGCUGAGGCGGGGGUGCAUGAACCACCCACGCGCACAGGAUGCGCGGCGGCACGUAAGAAUGCGGGUGGGGAGGGGGUUGGUGAGCGACGGCGACGUUGAUGUCGCCAACAGGCGACCUGGGUUGGCGGUCGCCUUGGUGACGUGUAGUAGGGCGCCUCAGGUCGUAACGAAGCUGAGGGGGCGGUGGUGGCAGCAGCAGCGUCAAGAGAGAGUGAAAUAAGGACAACGCGCGGCCUGGCGGCCGACGCGCGUCGAGUGGAC